CUCCCUGAGGGUGGGGGUGGCCUGAAGCCGCGGCCAGCCAACAACUCGGGCGCGGUGCGUGUCUACCAGGAGGGGCACCGCGCGGCACAGGACGAGUCUCUUGGCGGACACAGCGAAAGGAACUGGCCCACCGACACACCUCGGCGGCAUUAGCUCCGUUCCCCGCACACCGUCGUGUUGAGAGGGGAUGCUCGCGGUGGCCGGAAUGACCGGCAGCAUCGCGAAUGCCCUGGCCAGUGCCGCCUGUGAGCGCUGCAAGAGUGGCUUUGCUGCGACCGAGAAGAUCGUCAACAGCAAUGGAGAGCUGUACCACGAGCACUGCUUUGUGUGUGCCCAGUGUUUCCAGCAGUUCCCAGAGGGACUCUUUUAUGAGUUUGAAGGAAGAAAGUAUUGUGAACAUGACUUCCAGAUGCUCUUUGCCCCUUGCUGUCACCAGUGUGGGGAGUUCAUCAUUGGUCGUGUCAUUAAGGCCAUGAACAAUAGUUGGCACCCUGACUGCUUCUGCUGUGACAUUUGCCAGGCUGUGCUUGCAGAUGUGGGGUUUGUCAAAAAUGCUGGCAGGCACCUGUGUCGCCCUUGCCAUAACCGCGAGAAAGCUCGUGGCCUGGGCAAGUACAUCUGCCAGAAGUGCCACGCCAUCAUUGAAGAGCAACCCCUGAUCUUUAAGAAUGACCCCUAUCACCCAGACCACUUCAACUGCAACAACUGUGGGAAGGAAUUGACAGCUGAGGCCAGGGAGCUGAAGGGAGAGCUCUUCUGUUUGCCCUGCCAUGAUAAAAUGGGCGUGCCGAUCUGUGGUGCCUGUAGGAGACCCAUCGAGGGGCGUGUUGUCAAUGCCAUGGGCAAGCAGUGGCACGUGGAGCAUUUUGUGUGUGCCAAGUGCGAGAAGCCUUUCCUCGGUCAUCGGCAUUAUGAGAGGAAAGGGUUGGCCUACUGUGAGACUCAUUAUAACCAGCUCUUUGGCGAUGUGUGCUAUCACUGCAACCGUGUGAUUGAAGGCGAUGUGGUGUCUGCUCUCAACAAGGCCUGGUGUGUCACUUGUUUCUCGUGCUCCACCUGCCAAACAAAACUCACUCUCAAGAACAAGUUUGUUGAGUUUGACAUGAAGCCUGUUUGUAAAAAGUGCUAUGAAAGGUUUCCUCUGGAGCUGAAGAAAAGGCUCAAGAAGCUGGCGGAGUCCUUGGGACGCAAGUGAGCGGCUUUACAGCCAAAACGACCUGGAAGUGUUCCUGCUGUCUGCAUAACAACACGCGGACCCAGAGGUGUACCAGUACAUCAUUGUACAUUUUAAAAUGAAUCCCAGAUAUAUAUAUAAAUAAUCACUGUGGCCUUGUCAUAAAGGUGCCCGUUAGCAGAUGACUUUUGGCUUUCGUUCUACACACAAACGUGAUUUUUAUUUUAUUUUUUAACAUUCCUAAAUUGGCCAGAUACGUUUUUUUUUUAUCAUAGAAGUGAUUGGUGUCCCAGUUUAUUAUACCAUUAUACUUUACCAUGAGCAUGAUUGCCAACGGCUGUCUAAAAUUUUCUUGAAUUUGAAGAUUGUUGUUUGAUAUUAUAUUGAAUAACAUGUGUGCCUUGAAUAUAUGAACUAUGUGUCUUAAAAUGCAAAUAAUGGUUAAAAUAAAACUUACAUGCAGUUCUGAUAGUUAUGCCUCAUUAUAUGCAUCUCAAUUAGACUGAAGGCAUAAUUCCAGCCUUUUCCCCUUUGGAGCGUUUGCACCUCAGUAUGUUUAACUACAAAGUAACCACUAUGCUCUUUAGGCUAUUGUAACAGUUUCUCUGGGAGCAAGGGUCAUAUACAAACCUACAAGUGUUAAUGAAUCCACUGCUUAUGGUUAAUAUAAUAAAUUAAGAAUGUGUGCCUCGUGUCCCUUUUCUACCAGCAUGGCUUAACAGGUAAAUAUGUUAUUCAGAUCCUUUGUCCACAGUGAGUUGGCAGAAAAUAUAUCAAAGGGUGCUAAUAUGAUAAGAAACACCACAACAUAUGCUUACUGUACAGUGCUGUCUGCUUUCUGUAUGUAUGGCAGUGAAAUGUUAUUGCUGUACAGUAAACGCCUUGGGAUUGUCAGCCUCAUAUUUAUAUGUAAUGUUUGCAACCUUCUGAGGGAAAUAGUUCAAAGGAAAACAUGAAAUGAACUUGCAGCUGAGUAUUUAACAUGCAAACACUUUGAUGUAAAAAUAUAAUAAACGAGUCAGCACACUGCUCGGGCUGUUUGUACACUUGCAAAUGUAUUUAGAAAAAAUGAGAUGUGCUACACAAUAAAAAUAUAUAUUUGCUUG